GUUUACAUGGUUUCUUAGACAUUCAUCAUGGUGACAUUAGGAGUUUUAAUUUCCGGUGUAUUGAUUUUCAUCAUUUGUGUCCUCCUGUUGUUCCUUUUAUACACAACAUGGAAUUUCGGGAUUUUCAAGAAAAUGGGGAUAAAAGGACCACCUCCGAACAUUUUAGUUGGAAAUCACAAGACGGUUGCCGAAAUGGGAACUGUUGAGGCUGACAUGAUGUGGUGGAGGGAAUAUGGAAAUGUAUUUGGGCACUUCAACGGAAGAUCGCCCAUGUUAGUUGUUGCAGACCCAGAAAUGCUAAAGGAAAUUCUUGUGAAACAGUUUCAAAACUUCACAGAUCGAGCGAGUCCACGGGGUUUUGGUGGUGAUGCUGAAGAAAAUGUAAGCUCACAGCAAGGAAAUGUAUGGAAAAAUUCCCGGGCAAUACUGUCCCCAACCUUCACAGCUGGCAAACUCAGAAAGAUGGACCCUCUUAUCAAUGAAGCCGGUGAAGCACUUGUUCAACAUGUUAAAAGGAAAACAAAGGAAAAUGAUGAGGUAGACUUUGCAGAUCUCUUCGGACGCUACACGGUAGAGGUGAUUGCUUCCACUGCAUUUGGAUUAAAGAUUAAUUCGCAGCGGGAUCCAGAUGACAAAUUUCUGCAGAUGGUUUCAAAACUUAUCUUUGUUAAACGUACCUCACCACUUCUGACCCUCGCAUUUGUAAUUCCCAUUCUUGCAAGGCCAAUAGCAAAGUUCUUCAAUGUUUCGUUCUUGAACGAGGAGGCAUCUGCCUUUUUAGGUCACCUGAGUCACUCAGGUGACCUAUUGCUAUCCGUUUUCGUCCGUCGGCGUGCGUCGUGCGUCGUGCGUUGUGCGUUAACAUUUGAACAUUUUCAGCUUAACGUAGUCAUAAAAGAGAUGACAACAAGAAAUACAAGUAAAAGGGAAUAUAUUGAUUUUAUCCAACUUAUGAUGGAAGCUCAUAAUGAUGACCCUCAAAAGGCGGAAGAGAAAAGAGGGUUGUCAUCCAAAGAGAUAAUCGCUAACUGUCUAUUGUUUUUCUUUGCUGGUUAUGAGACCACUGCCGCCACUCUUACUUACAUGGCAUACCUUCUUGCCCUUCAUCCAGAUGUUCAAAGGAGAUUGUACGAUGAGAUAGUGAUGGAACUAGGAGAUGAGGAACCAGGAUAUGACAAUGUUGGCAAGUUACAGUAUAUGGACAUGUGCAUCAAUGAAACAAUGAGGAUGUUCCCUGUUGCCCCUAGAACAGAUAGAACAUGUGUUCAGGAUACUGAGGUGAAUGGUCUGAAGGUACCAAAAGGCAUGAAGAUUGCAAUACCAAUAUGGAUUUUACAUCAUUCUGAUAAACUAUGGAAAAAUCCAGAAAAGUUUGAUCCAGAAAGAUUUACACCAGAGAACAAAGCUAAACUGAAUCCGUAUCAGUUCAUGCCUUUUGGUUAUGGUCCAAGGAUAUGUAUCGGAAAAAGAUUGGCCCUUACUGAGAUCAAAGUAGCAAUGACCAAAAUCCUUAGAGAGUUUGAAUUUACAACAUGUUCCAAAACAAAUGUUCCACCGAAAUUUAGGAAUGGUGCUAGUCUUGUUCAGCCAGUGGAUAUGUGGCUGAGAGUUAUUGUACGCUGACCUGAAAUCUCCAGUCUCAACCAUUACAUUUUUAGCAUUGCAUCAUGUAUACAUCUUGGAUAAACUAGUAUGCCACAUCAUUUUGAGCUACUGAGAAUUUGUCACAUUGUACAAGAAUGUGAAUAUGUAAUUCAUUUUGUAGAAUCAUAACCUUAAUAUAGAAUUUGGACUCUA